AUGAAUUCAAACAGUUUAAACGAAAGCUCAACCGAUUCCUCUUCAUCUUCAUCUAACUCGGAUGAUGAGGGAAGGGAGCUUAGAGUUCAACAACGUAAUGAAGUGUGUCUUAUGAUACAACACGUAAUGCAUGAGUACAUUCCACCAAUUAUUCAAGCUGCCACUCAGCAACGCCGACGCAAAUCUACUGAGCCCCGAAAGGAUAGGGGACGCGAAGAAGGUCAUGCACGGUUAUACAAUGACUAUUUCGCGGAAGUCCCAGUUUAUCCAAGUUCCUUGUUCCGGCGCCGGUUUCGAAUGCGUAAACAUGUGUUUGAGCGCCUUCUCAACGCAGUGACCCAACAUGACCCCUGGUUUCAACAAAGACAACUAUCUUACGGGUGUGCUUCAGACGCUUGUGAUGAGUAUGUCCGUAUAAGUGAGGCAUCUUCACGAUUGGCACUCCAAAAGUUUACAGAAGGUGUCAUCAACCUGUUCGGUGAUCAGUACCUACGCCGUCCAAACAUCGCAGAUAUGGAAAGAUUGUUACGUAUUGGGGAAGAACGUGGAUUUCCUGGCAUGAUAGGCAGCAUUGAUUGUAUGCACUGGGAGUGGAAGAACUGUCCACACGCAUGGAAGGGGCAGUAUCAAGGAAGAGAAGGAGUUGCAACUCUCGUACUGGAGGCAGUUGCGGACAGAGAUCUAUGGAUAUGGCAUUCGUUCUUUGGGAUGCCAGGUAGCUGCAACGAUAUUAAUGUGCUUCAUCGAUCCCCUGUGUUCGAAGACGUCUUAGAGGGUCGAACACCUCCUGUGAACUUCGUAGUCAAUGGUCAUCAUUAUACGAAUGGGUAUUAUCUUACUGAUGGAAUCUACCCUAGAUGGGCUUCUUUUGUGAAAUCCAUUACGAGUCCACAAACUCGUCAGGAUCGUUUAUUCGCAAAACACCAGGAAGCUGCAAGGAAAGAUGUUGAACGCGCAUUUGGGGUCCUUCAAGCUCGUUUUGCCAUUAUUAAAAAGCCGUCUUUGGCGUGGGAUACUGACAUACUCCACAAUAUCAUGCUCGCCUGCAUCAUAAUACAUAAUAUGAUCGUUGAAGAUGAACGAGAGACGUAUCAAAAUAACGUUAAUACCAAUGAGUUUAUGAAUGCUGGAGGCAACGCUAAUGAGGACACUACUGAGUACCGUACUGAUCGUAUUGUGGAUAUCGGCUUAUACUUGUCUCGUAGAACAGAGAUUGAGGAUCAACAGACUCAUUUGCAGCUAAAAAACGACUUGGUCGAACAUAUAUGGAAUAAAUUUGGUAACAAAGAAAACUUAGGCAACUAG